GGGUGCGCGUGUGGGGUAGGUACGGCCGAGUGCUGCGGACGGGGCGCGGAGCGCCGCCCCGGAGGUGGCUGGGGUCGAUGAUUCACUGCCAGCAUGACUACAGGGGGGCCGGCGGCGGCGGGCCACAGUCGCUCGCCGGCGGUCGGAGGAGGUGCACCGAGAACCGCUCCAGUUCCCACCAUGGCCGCUUCACUGCAGCUGGGAGUGGUGAUCGCAGUGGUGCUGGUGAUCCACACCACUGGUGCCAACCCGACGCUGAAGGACUCUCCGCCCGAGAGCAUCAUCGAGGCGGCGACCUACCUGGCUCGAUAUGGGUACUCGUCAUCCAGUCCCACGGAGGACAAGUCGGGUGCGCUGGUAUCGCUCUCCUCCAAUCUGGAGGAGUUUCAGCGGUUCGCCGGACUGAAGGUGACGGGUGUUCUGGACGAGGCAACCAUCGAGAAGAUGCGCGAGCCACGCUGUGGUGUGAAGGACAAGCUGGGGCCGAGCUACCGCGCCCGGCGGCGGAAGCGUUACGCUCUCCAGGGCAGCCGCUGGAGGACCAAGACCCUGAGGUACAAGAUCAUGAGCUGGCCGUCGAAUCUGCUGGACAACAAGGACGGUGUGCGGGACGUUAUUCUGGAGUCCUUCAAGGCCUGGUCGGACGUCUCGGGCUUGUCCUUCGAGGAGGUGGGCUCCGGCUCCAAGUCCAACAUCGAAAUCAGGUUCGCCAGCGGUGACCACGGCGACGGCGACGCCUUUGACGGCCCGGGCGGCACGCUGGCGCACGCCUUCUUCCCCAUCUACGGCGGUGACGCGCACUUUGACGACAGCGAGAACUGGAAGGUGGACCCGCGAAAGCGGGGCGGGAUCGACAUGUUCACGGUGGCCGCCCACGAGUUCGGCCACAGCCUGGGCCUCUCUCACUCGGACGUGAACGAGGCACUGAUGGCGCCCUUCUACAAGCCGCCCAGCCUCGACCGGGACGUCAUCAAGGAGGACGACAUCAAGGCCAUCCAGGAGCUGUACGGUCCUCCGGCGGCGGACGCGGCGCCGGCGCCCGAUCCGCGCGAGCCGUCCUCGCCGGGUGACCGCGAGGACCCGGACCCGAUCCUCUGCCAGGACAGCGCCGUCGACGCCAUGCUCACCAUCGAUGUCAACGGUCAGAAGAGGACGUACGUGUUCAAGGGAGACCACUACUGGCGUCUGACCAGCUCGGGGGUGGAGAAGGGCUACCCGCGCCUCAUCAGGGAAAUGUGGGGAGGCGUGCCGGACAACCUGGACGCCAUCCUGCCCUACGAGGAGGCCGACAGAGUCUACUUCUUCAAGGGCAGCCAGUACUGGCGGAUGACCGGCCUCAAGCUGGAUUCCGGCUACCCGAAACCCAUCUCGGCCGGAUUCCCGGGAAUCCCCGACAACCUGGACGCCGCCUUCAAAUGGCGCGCCAACGGCAAGAUGUACUUCUUCAAGGGCUCGCAGUACUGGCGGUUUGACAGCGAGCUGGAGACCACAGGCCGGCCGGGCGUCAGCGACAAGUACCCGCAGCCGAUCAGCAUCUGGCAGGGCAUUCCCAACAACAUCGACAGCGUGCUCAUCUACGAGAACAAGCGCACCUACUUCUUCAAGGGAGACUCGUACUAUCGGUUCAACGACGCCGCCUUCUCGGUGGACGCCUCCUACCCCCGCUCCACAGCCGAGUACUGGUUCGGAUGUACGGGCCAGAUCUCCAAUCUGGUGACACCGUCCAGCGACAACCCGUCAGACUACAGCGGAAAUGACGAAGGUCCCUGGAAAUCGUCUACGAUUUUCUCCUCGUAAUUUUCCAUUCAGUGCGAGUGAUGGGGUUCGGCGACUUUCUGCCGAGGAUCGGCGGCUCCGGCGCCGGAGGUCUUCUGCCCAGCCUGCUGCUGCUGCUGCUGAGCUCAGCCGUGCUGGCUGCUGCGCGCUGCUGAGACGGCUGAUCAGCGGUCUGUUGCUGGUUAGGAAGUGCAGUCUCCCGGGAGCAUAUCAAAGACUCUGAGAAAGACGUGUGUCGGAGACGAAGUCACGGUCAGUGUGUCUGCCGCAGUGUCACGUAGUCUCAGUUUCGGAGUCAGUGUCGCGGCGGCAGUAUUCCAGACUUAUUGUCGAGGGCAGUCCCCCGGUGCCUGGCGACACAGUAGUUACAGUGACGGAUAUCGGCCAGUAAGUUGACACCUCGUCUGAGCGGUGUCAGUGUGUGUUGUCUACGCCUGCCGUGCGGCCUCCGUACAAGGACGGGUGGGAUGCGGACCGGCCGCCCCGACCGUCGGACAGCGGAGCUGACCGAUGUAAUGUUUACAAUCCCACCGCCCUGUCCAGCGUCCCAGCGGAACAGAGACACUCCUACUAGCGGGGGGGGGGGGGGGCUGACUCAGCUGACCGACUCAGCUGGACUGACUCAGCUGGACUGAGUCGUCGGAAGCUGAGUCAAGAAGUACAGCACGGCGCUCGAAUCCUAGGAACGUGACUCGUCAGUGGAUAUGUUAUUGAACCGGGAACCGAGCUGGCUCACGGAGCACUGCCCGCACAAUGAAUGGAAGAGUCGGCUCACGGGGCGGACUGGAGCGCACGUGAUGUCGUGAGGUCACGGGGAGGGAGGGGUAAACGGGAUCCGGGCAUUAGGAGUCGGCCGAACCGGCGCCUUCUGUGAUAGAAUAUGUGUCCGGCGCGUCGGCCGAUUAGUCGAGCUGUGAGCUCGCGGUGAACGCAGAACGGCUCACAUGUUCACGAUAGAAACCAUACUGUGUAGUGUGUGUGCUCUUGUGUGUAUGUAUGUGUUGUUGUGUAUGUGUGUCGAUAGUUAUCACGAGCCAGUAAACACAUAGUUGAACAGAGACAAGCUCCGACUAAACGGCGCUGGCGACGGAGCUAUUGGUGCUAUUCUACAGCCCUAUUUAGUCAAUAUCACUGCUGGAUUAUAUGAAAUGUUUGAGAUAUGUGUUUAUGUGUCAUUAGUGUAUGUUAAUUAUCGAAACUGAAUCUCCUAUAGGAGUUCCGGCCAUUAUCACAACAAAUGUCAGCGAUUAUCCAUGCAUAUUCAUGAUAAAUACAUGCUAACACCAUACACAUUACACAAAA